AUGCCGUCCCCUCACGCUGCUGCUAUCAUAGCCAGCACUUUACUCUGCUUGACGAACCCGACCACAGGCAUACCAACCCAACAGUACCCUGUUCUCAUUCCCAAGUCAUCUCAAGACUCGUUCCAAAAUGGAACCGUCAUCUACGGGUCCAAUGGAACCACAACCCUCACUCUCCAGGGGACGUCUCCUGCCAUUGUAGUCCUCGACUACGGUCGAAACGUGGAAGGGUUUCCUACAUUCGAGGUUGUCUCUGCCACUGGAGACACCUCGGGCUUUGAAAUUUCGUAUGCUGAAAGCAAGGCCUCUCUUGACCUGUACAUGAGCGAUGGCCCCCUUCCCCUCGCCGCGGCAAUGGACACCUACAGAGUUAACCAGUACAACAUCACGGGCCCGUCUCUCGUCACGAACCGCCUCAUCCAAGGCGCCUUCCGCUACCAGAAGCUCAACCUCUCGACCCCUGGAUCACUCUGCCUCCGCAACAUCGGCGUCAGGCCCACCACGUCGACCACACCUCUAACCCAGCUCCCCGGCUCCUUCGAGUGCUCCGACGAGGACCUCACCCGCAUCUGGCACGUCGGCGCAAGGACGGUCCAGCUCACCGAGAUCCCCAGGAACUCCGUCCCGGACUUCCUCCAGGUCACAGAGGAGGGCGCCUACGCCGAGAGUCAAGCCCCUCAAGCGCUGGCCGGCACCGUGGCCGCACAGCUUCUCAACUACCGCGUCCAUCUGGAGGUCAAACCCGUCAAGGGCGGCUUCGGAGUCGCCGUGCUGUGCGAUACGCUGAACAGCUGCGUAUACAUCUCCUUCGACCUGGUACGGCACGUAGUCACAGCCCAUGCCGGCUCGACGACUUUCGACACCCUCCUCGCAACGUCUGCCCUCCCGCCUCACAUGGCCCUUUUCGAUACGUGGCACAGUGUCCGCAUCGAGGUCGCCGCGCCAUCCGUCACCGUCACCAUAGACACCUUUCCGAUCUUCAACCUGACCCAGACGUCCCGCUUCUUCGGGUCGUUCGGCCUCGGCGCCUCCUUCGGCCACGCGGCCUACUUCCGCAACCUUUCCGCCAGCACGCCGGCCGGCGAGACCAUCUACGCCAACUCGCUAACGUCCCCUUCUUUCCUCGCGGACUUCAUGAUGGGCACGAACCCGGCGGAAACCAUCGUCGACGGCUCCCGCCGUGAUCGGAUCGCGUACACGGGUGACCUCGACGUGGCCAUCGGCGCCGCGCUGGCGAGCACGCACGGCACGUCCUUCGUCGACGGCUCCCUCGACCUCCUGGGCUCGUACCAGGCCCCGUCGGGCUUCUUCAUCCCCACGGCCAAGAUCCAGCAGGAACCCCUGGCGUCCCCGCUGGACGUGGACGCGACGGGGCUCAUCGGCUACUCCUUCAACUUCGUCACCGCCCUUGCGCAGAACUACGAGACGAGAGGAGACGUCGCCUUCGCGCGGCGGUGGGCGCCCGGGAUCGCGAGGAUGCUGGACUGGGCCGACUCCCAGACCCUCCCUAACGGGCUCUUCAACGUCUCGGACGCGUCCAUCGGCGGGGACUGGAACUACUACGACCCGGCCCAGACCGGCGCCGUGACAAAGUUCAACGCCGUGUACGCCUACGCCCUGCAGCAGUCCCUGCUCGUCCUCGGCGACGCGGGCGUCGACGCGACGAGAUACCGCUCCCGGCUCGAGGCACUCCGCGCAGCCAUCAACGAGAACCUCUGGAGCGACGACCUCGGCGCGUACGUCAUGUCCGACACCCUCCGCGGGGGCUUCGCCCAGGACGCCAACGCCCUCGCCAUCCUCGCCGGCGUCCCAUCCCCGGACGCGACGCAACGGAUCCUCGCCACCCUCUCCGGAACGCUCCUCCUCCCCGCGGGGCCCCUCGCCUUUUCUCCUUCCAUCACUACUGCCGCCGGCGGGAGCUUCGCGGAGAAAAUCAGCCCCUACGCCUCGGCGUACCACCUCCGCGCCGCCUUCUCCUCGCGCGACGCCCUUACUGCAAAGACCCUUCUCAAGACCCUCUGGGCGCCGAUGGCGGACCCGGCCAAUGCAAACUACACGGGGUGCUUCUGGGAGACGCUGAACGCCGACGGCACGCCCGGGCUCGGCGUCGGGACGUCCUUGUGCCACGGGUGGUCCGCAGGCCCGACGGCGGAGCUGAGCAGGUUCGUCCUGGGCGUGCGGCCCGCGAGGCCCGGAUUCGCCGGGUGGGAGGUCGAGCCGCAGACCCUGGGACUGGCUUGGGUUAGCGGACGGUAUCCGACUGCCCGCGGCGACUUGUGCGUCGAGUGGCGGUUUGGGGAUGACGAUGGGCUGCUGCGGAUGACGGUCAAGAGCCCCGGCGGUACCACGGGGACGGUACACUUGCCCGAGCCACUGUUGGUAGGGCUCAACGAGUCAGUUAUCCGUGUCAAUAGUGUCGUCAUGAACAACGUGACUCGGUUCGAGGUGAACGGAGGGGAUGUCUUUGAGCUGGUGCAAGAACGAAAUCCUGGUGCAAGGAAGGGGACGGCAAGGAAGCCAUAG